AUGUCUCUGCACUCCUACAUCAAUAAAAAGGUCCUCAUUCUCACAGUUGACGGCCGCACCUUACUUGGGACACUCUUGUCGACAGAUCAAUUGACAAAUCUUGUCCUAUUGGACACAAUUGAGAGAAUCAUCCGAACCCCGGAUGACCCCGAACCGAGCUCGCAGAUCGAACACGGUCUAUACUUGAUUCGAGGCGACAAUGUGGUUCUGUGCGGUGAAGUCGAUGAGGCGAUUGAUAAUGAUAUCGACUGGUCGAAGGUGAAAGGUGAGGUUGUCAAGGGCACGAAAAACGCGUGA